AUGGAUGUGGUGUACGAAGAGGAGAGUUCUGUGAACUCCACAGCCAGUUUCUUACUGCAACUCAACCGAGAGAGGAAACUCUACCGCAACGUUCUGUCUGGAGAGGUCAAUCCAUCGGCCAUGUGCAAUCUGACUUCGGACUUUGUGGCGGCGACCACCCGCUCUUGCGCUCUUUCUCCGUGCAACGCGUCCUUCCUCGGCAUACAGGAGAAGAACUGGCCUGCCCUGCUGACGGUCGUCGUGAUCGUGGUGACUAUUGCAGGGAAUAUCCUCGUCAUCCUGGCUGUAUCGCUCGAGAAAAAGCUGCAGAGUGCGAUGAACUACUUCCUGAUGUCCCUCGCCAUAGCGGACAUGCUCUUGGGUUUCCUCGUCAUGCCUGUGUCCAUGCUGACCAUACUCUAUGGAUAUGCGUGGCCUCUGCCCAGGAACCUCUGCGCGAUAUGGAUCUAUUUAGAUGUGCUUUUCUCCACCGCCUCCAUCAUGCAUCUCUGUGCCAUCUCGCUGGAUCGCUAUAUUGCCAUCCGAAACCCCAUCCAUCACAGCCGCUUUAAUUCAAGGACGAAAGCUUUUGCAAAGAUCAUUGCUGUGUGGACCAUAUCCGUAGGUAUUUCAAUGCCAGUUCCUGUUUUUGGACUUCGGGAUGAUUCCAAAGUGUUCAAGAACGGAAGCUGCUUACUGGCGGAUGAGAAUUUCGUCUUGAUAGGUUCCUUUGUGGCAUUCUUUGUUCCUCUCGCCAUCAUGGUGAUCACUUAUCUUUUAACCAUAAAAGCCCUUCAGAAAGAAGCCAACUUAUGCAUGAAAGACUUUGGCUCCAAAACCAGGUUUGCUUCCUUCAGUUUCUUCCCUCAGAGUUCUCUUUCUUCUGAUAAGUUCUUCCAGCGGUCUCUCAGCAAAGACCUUGGCACCUCUGGGAGGAGGACGAUGCAAUCCAUCAGUAACGAGCAGAAAGCGUCCAAAGUCCUUGGGAUUGUGUUCUUUCUGUUUGUUGUGAUGUGGUGCCCGUUCUUCGUCACCAACGUGAUGGCAGUGAUCUGUAAGAAGUCGUGCAACGAAGAGGUCAUCGGAGGACUACUGAACAUUUUCGUCUGGAUCGGGUACCUCUCUUCGGCCGUCAAUCCGCUAGUGUACACCCUCUUCAAUAAAACCUACCGAUCGGCUUUCUCACGUUACAUCCAGUGUCGCUACAGAGAGGAGAAGAAACCCCUGCAGCUGAUCUUAGUGAACACGAUCCCCGCUAUCGCGUACAAUACGAGCCAGCUUCAGUUAGCGCAGAUGAAACGUUUGAAAAAGGAGUCAAAGGUGAUGUCCAAGGACUACUCUACGGUGAAAAUAGAAAUACAUCAUUUAGAUGGGACCUUAACAAACAAUGCUAGCCAGGUGAAUGAAAAGGUUAGCUGUUUGUGAGUAUCUGAGCCCCGACACGGCUGCCAUGGCAACGAGGAGAUUUCCCCCCCCAGAGACAUUUCCACCUAAGCUUUGCUAGUGCGGGGAG